ACGGCCACCCGGCUUUAUCAUGGUGACCCCCUGCUCCACCAGCCCCGUGAGUCCCGCCGCCCGGGCUGGGAGGCGGGACGACCAGAACCUCCGUGCCCCGGUGAAGAAGAGCAGGCGCCCACGCCUCCGGAGGAAGCAGCCGCUGCAGCCGCUGCAGCCGCUGAACCCGUGCCCGCUACCCGGAGACUCUGGCGUCUGCGACCUGUUCGAGUCCCCCAGCUCCGGCUCGGAUGGUGCAGACAGCCCCGCGGCGCGAGGCUGCAGCCCCCUACCCGGUCCUGCCCAGCGGCUGGUGCAGCUUGAUCUACAGACCUUCCGCGACUACGGUCAGAGCUGCUACGCCUUCCGCAAGGCGCGGGAAAGCCACUACCACCCGCGGGAGUCAUUGGCGCGGCAGCCACAAGUAACGGCGGAAUCCCGCUGUAAGCUGCUCAGCUGGCUAAUCCCCGUGCACCGCCAGUUCGGCCUCUCCUUCGAGUCGCUGUGCCUGACGGUGAACACUCUGGACCGCUUCCUUAUCACCACGCCUGUGGCUGCAGACUGCUUCCAGCUGCUCGGGGUCACGUCCCUCCUCAUCGCUUGCAAACAGGUGGAGGUGCACCCGCCGCUCGUGAAGCAGCUCCUGGCCCUGUGCUGCGGCGCCUUCUCCCGGCAGCAGCUCUGCAACCUCGAGUGCAUCGUGCUGCACAAACUGCACUUCAGCCUGGGCGCGCCGACCAUCAGCUUCUUCCUGGAGCAUUUCACGCACGCACGCGUGGAGGCCGGGCAGGCAGAGGUGUCCGAAGCCCUGGAAGCGCAAGCCCUGGCGCGCGGGGUGGCGGAGCUGAGCCUGGCUGACUACGCUUUCACCAGCUACACCCCCUCCCUGCUGGCCGUCUGUUGCCUGGCGCUGGCAGACCGUAUGCUGCAGCUCCCUCGCCCGAUGGACUUGCGCCUGGGCGGGCACCCCCAGGCGGCGCUGCAGGACUGCCUGGGCAAGCUGCAGCUACUGGUGGCCAUAAACAGAACGUCCCUGACUCACAUGCUGCCCCUCCAGAUCUGCGAGAAGUGUAGCCUGUCCCCGAGCUUGAAAUGAAGUAGACCCUUGGUCUCCUUUGAUCCCCUGGCCUGGCUGCUGGACCUCUCCCAUUGCUUUGAAAGAGUGCAGUAUUGGCCCACAGAGAAGGGUUCAGUCCUCCCACUUGGUCACCAGGUCAUCAUGCAGGUUGUAAAUAGUGUACGAUUGUGGGGUUUCAUUGUUUAUUUAUUUUGCUAACAUCGCACGAGAGAAGAGACGAGUCUUUCCCCAAUAAACAGGCUGUCUGUGGUGGUUUGUCUGAAUACUACCAAUGCGAGUGUCCACGAAGAGGGAAGGUGAAGGCAAUCCGGGAAUAGAGGCGGUCAGCAACCAUGGAGGGUUCCUCCCUCCCCCCAGGCAUCUCUGUUUGGGAACACCAGGUUUGGAGAGGUUCCUGUAGACCGAGGUUCCAGUUACAAGGCAAGUCAGGGUCACUUGUUGGCCUGUAACUGGUGACCUUGUUAGGCUGAGGACUGCUAGAGGUUCAAAGGACGAGGUGGGGUGUGAGGCUGAAAAGAACCCACAGCAGUCCAUGUUGUCUAGCGGGGCCAGGGGGCACACUGCUGGUGCAGAAGAUCCCAGGCUGAGAAGCUUUGGGGACUGCAGUCCCACUAGCUAGGGCAACCAAGAGUUACCCUGACAACUGCCAGAUGUGGGAAAAUGAAGGCUUUGCAGGCAGUUAUGGCCAUUGCAAAUUGAGUCCAUUUAUCCUGCAAUCACAUGUUGAACAGUUCUCUCUUGUCUUACACCUACUAUGUGUGAGCCCAUGGUAACAAUGGUGCAAUAGUAAUCAUGGCUAUCAUUGAGUGCUUACAUGUACCAGGCACAGUGUUCAGCAUUCAUUAUUUCAAUCCUUCAGCAGUUCUAUGAGGCAGAGUCUAUUAUCCCAUUUUUCAGAGAAGGACACUGGGCCACCGAGAGGUUAAACAAUAGUGGAGCAGCCAGGAUUUGAAGGCAGGUGAUCUGAGUCCAGAGUUCCACCCUUUGCCACAUGCUCAAUUUCCUCCACUUACAGGUUUCUGGAAAUGCUAAAAAAAAAAAAACCACCUCUUCCCAAGGUAGGUGUGGGACAAGUGAUCUGUUCAGUGCCCUCCAUUUAAUAGGGACUAUGGAGAACAUAUUUGGAGAGCCAGUACAGUCCUUGCCUCUAGUCAUGUCACAGGAGUCAUUUUACAGAUGGGAAAACUGAGUCAAGAAAUGCGACAGAGGCUUGCUGGAGUUCUGUGACUCCACAGCUGUCCCAUCGUCUUCAUUCUCACUGUUGUGAAUCUGCUGUAGACCCUGAAUCUGUAACCUCCAGCAAAUUAACCUCCCUGAGCCCAAUCGCUAACUGAUAGCGGGGCUAUUAUGAAGCUUUAAAUGAGAUUGCUAUGAGGUAGUAUAAAGUAGUGCUUAAACACUUGGACUCUGGAGUCAAUUUGCUGUGUGACCUUAAGCAAGUCACAUAUCUAUGCUUAAGUCUUUCCUGUAAACAUGAGAGUAACAGUAGCAUUUACCUGGUAGUGUUGAGGUAUGGAUUUAAUGAGAUGUUCUCUACAAACCCCUCAGCACAGGUCCUGCCUGGCACAUAGCAAGUCUUCAAGAA